AUGGAAGUGUAUUUGUUAAGAGAAAUUUAUCCAUUUGUAUGGAAAUAUUGGGAUACAUUAUGCACUAAAAGGAGUAAGUCUGGGAGCUGGAAAUCUAAUUUGUCAGCAAAAUUGAUAAUGGAAACUUCAAUAUUUUCUGUAAAGAAUGACAAGUUUGGGCUUGUAGAUGAAGAUUUAAGCACAAUUGGUCCUCGACGCUACGAGAGUAAGACAGUUGCCCAAAAAGGAAACACAAAAAUCAAGCGAAAAUUUGAAGUUUCACAGUCUGGACAAUCAACUUCUAAGAAAUCAAAAGUUGAUACUGUGUCUUCUGUAAAAGGUACCUCCCAUGGGUAUCCAUUGGAACAUCCGUUUAAUAAAGAUGGGUAUCGCUACAUACUGGCAGAGCAAGACCCUCACUCCUCAAUUACAUUAGAUGCAGAAGAUUUGGCUGGACGUCCAAUUCCUCCUGAACUUUAUCGACCUUGGAUGUCACCAACAGUUCUACUUUCUCUUCAUGACAGAGCUCCUCAAUUGAAAGUGGCAGAUAAUAGGCUAACUGUUACUGGAGAUAGAGGGUACUGCAUGAUUAGAGCUACUCAUGGUGUCUCAGAAGGGACCUGGUAUUAUGAGGUUCAUGUUGAUGAUUUGUCUUGUGAAGGUUCAGCAUUGCGAAUAGGCUGGUCUCAGAGUUUAGCCACGUUGCAAGCUCCAUGUGGUUUUGAUAAGCUAAGUUACUCUUGGAGGUCAAAGAAAGGAACUGUUUUUCAUCAAAGUCGAGGAAAGCACUACAGUGAUGGUUAUCAAGUUGGUGAUGUGUUGGGAUUUUUGAUACAUAUUCCACAUUCAGGAAAAAAAAAGUUACCUCUACUCCCAGUCCCAACGUACAAGGACAAAGCACUUAUUAAAUUUAAAAAUUUCUUCUAUUUUGAAGAAAAAGAUGAACAAGUUGAAGAAUAUGAGAAGAAUCUAAAGCCUUUGAAGGGAAGCCAAAUCAUUUUUUAUAAAAAUGGAGAGUGUCAGGGAGUGGGAUUCAGUGACUUAUAUAAAGGAACUUAUUUCCCCUGUAUUUCUCUUUAUAAGACUGCUACAGUUACUGUAAAUUUUGGACCAAGCUUUCAGUGUAAGCCAUUUUUCCCAGCUGAAUAUGAAGUUGAACCAAUUUCUUUUGCUGCUGAGAUUGCAAGCAUACGUCAGACCAUAGCAGAAAUGCUAUUUCAUGUGGAGUCAAAGGUGCUUAGUAGGACAACAGCACAAUACCCUUCAAAUUACAAAUUCAGUCAGCAAAGCUAAUUUCAUGUAAAAUAAAACUUUGUUCAGUCUUCUUCAAACAACAUCUUAACGAGAUCUUCAUCAGCACAUUGUUCAGGGUUCAAUCUUUUAGUCUGUAGUAAACAAAUAAAUUGUAUGAAAUUCCUUCUGUAAUGUAA